AGAUUAAAGCUAUCAUACUUGGUAGUAUUGACUGAUAAAAGUUCGUGUGAGUUGCAUGUUCCGGUCAUACUUUACUGGAGUGUCAUGGAGUUUACCUGUAAUUCCGAUCGACAGAGAUCUCAAACAAUGAAGGCCAUUUUGGCUUUCCUCGUCGCGGUGGUCUGUUGUACAAAUGCCUCGCCACACAAGCGAACGCUGAAGACAGAGAAUGUUGACCUUCUCAUGCCAACCGUUCAACCUAAGGUGAAAGAUACCUAUCUCUGUUAUGGAAUGAAAAUGAACGCAACUCCGACGUACAUAGUUGGAUUCCGCCCUCAUGCCAACAAAGACAUUGCCCACCACAUUCUUCUCUACGGAUGCAAAGAGCCAGGCGUCAGGGGUGAUAACGCCAUCUGGAACUGUGGCGAGAUGGCCCACACCACUUCCUCCUACUCAACGGCCGGGGUCUGUGGCAAAGGUCAACAGAUUGUUUACGCUUGGGCAAUGGACGCCCCGGCCCUCAAACUCCCUGAAGGUGUUGGCUUCAAAGUUGGUGGCAAUACAGACAUUGACUACCUCGUCCUACAGGUCCACUACAAAGAUGUCUCCCCAUUUUUAGCUGGAGAAACUGACAGUUCCGGAAUUACCAUGGAAACAACACAACAACCAAUGCCGAAGAGAGCUGGCGUGUAUCUUCUCGCGACUGGCGGAAGAAUCCCAUCUCAUUACACAGAGUUCCUGGAGAGUGCCUGUCCAUUACACACGGACCUCGUUUUACAUCCGUUCGCAUUUAGAACUCACACACACACACUCGGGAAAGUCGUGUCCGGGUACAGAGUCCGGGACGGUAAAUGGGAGGAAAUUGGCCGAAAGAGUCCUCAAGAACCCCAGAUGUUUUACGACGUGACAAACCCCAAAAUGGAAAUAAGAGACAAUGAUAUUUUGGCUGCCCGUUGUACGAUGGAGAACAACCUGGACAGAGAUGUAUCUAUCGGUGCUACACAGAACGAUGAGAUGUGUAACUUCUAUAUGAUGUACUACGUCGACGGCGACAGAAUCGCCGACCAGAACUCAUGUUUUACCUCGGGCGCCCCCUACUACACCUGGAAACGCUCACAAUACGCUAGGAAGAUGGGCGUGGACAAUGCACCGGAUACAGGUCAGUCUGGUACCAGGGGAGACAACUCCAAAGAGGAAGGGCCAUAUAAGCAACAUCGGGCGUGCGGAGAACAUGUUGGAAAAAGUGCAUGAACCACGUGACAACGCAGUCAACCGUAAUGAUUUCGCGCGCCUACUUCAAGCUCUGAACACUGCAUACGAUUCUGACUAUAAGUUGUACGACAAUGUGUUUUAAAAUUACCCUUGUUUCCGUCUCAAUUUGUUUGUUGUUGUCUUUCUUGUUUACAUCAUUGAAAUCUGUUUGAUUUGUUGUUAUUUUUGUUUAUUCUAAGAUGAAAAAAAGUUUUUAUGAUUGUACAUAUAUGUAUAUAUUAAAACAUUGUAUAAAAUAUGUCCUAAUAUUUAUAUAUAUAUUUUUCAGAAGAUUUGAUCUUUGUCAUGUUAUGAUUGGUGCAAUGAAGGAGCAUUUCCUAAA